AGAGAAUAAAGAAGAUUUAAAAUUCUUAAUGUUAGAAUAAAACAAAAAAAAAAAUUUUUACCAAAUCCAAGACAUUCAACAUUUGCUCGUUCAUCAAUUAAUGCUGGAAAUGAACUCGAUGUAUGA